UAUAUCUGUGCCUCUUUAAAUUCUAAAUAUCUAUAGACCAACAUAAUUAUCCUCUAAUAUCUCUCUCUAUAUAUUAUUAUUUGCAAUCCUCCAAGAAGAAUCUCACUUACCCUUAAACCUCUCUUCUCUAGCUAAAAGAAAAAAAAAAUCCUCUCUUCUCUGUUUUUGUGUCUGUUUCUAUCUCUAUCUCUUCCACUCUUGUCGAAAAUGGGAGGUAGUAAGAAGCAUGCUAAAACCUCUACUUCUCUUGCCAUUGUCGAAACAAAUUCUCACGAAAAUAAAGUUGUCCCCAUUGAAGCACCGAUUGUGUCCUCUUACAAUGACAGGAUCAGGCCGUUGCUUGACACCGUAGACAGGUUGAGGAACCUGAACGUGAUGAGAGAAGGGAUUCAGCUUCCCACCAUUGUUGUGGUUGGAGACCAGUCCUCGGGGAAGUCAAGUGUGCUCGAGUCCCUUGCUGGAAUCAGUUUGCCUCGUGGGCAAGGAAUCUGCACGAGGGUUCCUCUUGUCAUGAGGCUUCAACGAAGCUCAAGCCCUGAACCUGAGAUCUGGCUUGAAUUUGGGGACAAAGUUGUUCAUACGGAUGAGAAACACAUAGCUGAAGCUAUAUGUGCUGCAACGGAUGUUAUAGCUGGAUCUGGAAAAGGGGUUUCAGACACUACGCUGACGCUGCAUGUCAAGAAGGAUGGUGUUCCUGAUCUGACAAUGGUUGAUCUCCCAGGGAUAACCCGAGUUCCAGUGAACGGACAGCCAGAAAACAUCUAUGAGCAGAUCUCUGCGAUGAUCAUGAAGUACAUAGAGCCUCAGGAGUCAAUCAUCCUCAAUGUUCUGUCAGCUACGGUCGACUUCACCACCUGCGGAUCAAUUCGAAUGUCUAGACAAGUUGACAAAACCGGUGAACGGACUCUAGCUGUUGUAACAAAGGCAGACAUGGCUUCUGAAGGUCUUUUACAAAAAGUCACUGCAGAUGAUGUGAGUAUCGGGCUCGGUUACGUCUGUGUCAGAAACCGGAUAGGAGAGGAAACAUAUGAAGAAGCUAGGAUGCAGGAAGAGCUGCUCUUCAGUACUCAUCCACUGCUAAGCUUGAUUGAUGAUGAGAUCGUGGGCAUCCCUGUGUUAGCUCAGAAGCUAAUGCUUAUCCAAGCAACAAUGAUCGGCCGUUGUUUACCUGAGAUUGUUCGCAAGAUAAACCAGAAGAUGGAAACUGCUGUGCUAGAGUUGAAAAAACUGCCAACGGUAAUGGCUUCUACUGGAGAAGCGUUGAUGGCACUGAUGGAUAUAAUCAAUUCUGCGAAAGAGUCUCUCCUAAGAAUUCUAGUCCAAGGAGAUUUCUCUGAGUACCCAGAUGAGCAAAAGAUGCAUUGUACUGCUCGCUUAGCUGAAAUGUUAAGCCAAUUCUCAGAUAAUUUGCAAGCACAGCCCAAGGAUGUGACAGAGUUCUUGAUGGAUGAGAUCAAGAUCCUUGAUGAAUGCAAAUGUGUCGGCCUACCAAAUUUCAUCCCGAGAUCGGCGUUCUUAGCUAUUCUCUCCCAGCACGUGGAUGGAAUACAUGGCAAGCCGGUUGAUUUCAUCAAGAAGAUAUGGGACUACGUUGAAAUGGUGCUCUCAUCAGUUCUCAACAAAUAUUCUGAAAACUUCCCACAGAUUCAAUCGUCCAUCAAACGAGCCGGUCGCAAUCUCAUUUGCAAGAUGAAGGAAAAAUCCGUGGAGAGAGUGAUUGAGAUCGUAGAGAUGGAGAAGCUCACAGAUUACACAUGUAACCCAGAGUACAUGACGUCUUGGACGGAGAAGACAGGUGCACAGCAAAACUUCAUUAAAGCUGUGUUGAACGAUGAGAAAAAACCUGAGAAUUUCUCUCUAACUGGAUUCGGGAAUGUGAAGAUUUCGCAUCUGCGAAAAUAUCACGCUCAUCUGCUGCAGCAGGCGUUCGACAUGAAGAUGAGGAUCACAUCGUACUGGACAAUCGUCCUUCGGAGGAUUGUUGACAACCUUGCGCUGUAUCUUCAAUUCUCGGUGAAGAAUCUCGUCAACAGUCAGUUUCAGAAGGAGAUCGUGGCGGAAAUGGUGGAUUUCAGAGGAGGCGGAGGAAUUGAGAGAAUGCUGGCGGAGUCGCCGUCGAUGGCGAGCAAGCGGGAGAAGCUUAAGAACAGCAUCAAGCUCUUGAAGGAGUCCAAGGACGUCGUGGCCGCCAUCGUCGAUCAGAACUCUGGCUAUGGAGAUCGUUGAUG